AUGCAGCCACCACCCGAUGGCGGUGCGGGACCACUCCAAGGCACGACGGCGGUGAACACGGCUGUUACGGCUGUUCCGACUGCAACUGCGCUGGCACCGACCCCAACUUCUGUAUUCACGGAGCCUGUAGUAUCAUCUUCAAGCCGUAGUGGUAGCUCCCUGAACUCAGGAGCAAUAGCGGGUAUCGCAAUCGCCAUGUUCCUCGUUGGAGCUGCAGUCGCCUUUCUGGUUGGCUUCUUCCUAUUCAAGAAGCGCAACAAGAAGCGAGAGGCAGACGUUGGUGCAAGGGGAUACACAAGCUAUGCGGACUCGACGCCCGAACUCGUCAUGAUGCAGCAACAAAAGAGCGUGGGCAUGGGAGGGCGGAACAGCCCGUAUGUUCAGGUCUCGCAAACGCCCAUGCCUGCACCUGUUGCUGCACAGGUGGUUGCUCCUGCGCCUACUCAACAGUCGAAGUCGGCGGAUGUUGUUGACUUCCUCCCGCCUGCAGCGCAUGAGAAUGCUAUUCAUAGCAGAGUUUCAGCGCUGUUCGGCCAGAUCCACCGGCAUGUCGAGACGUACUAUCGCGAUGUACACGCAAGUAUUACACCAAGCAUGGAGCCUGAACUGGCGAGAUUUGGGGCCAAGGAUACGAAUAUGGCGGAGUUGCUGCAAGACAGUUCGAGUCCAACGACAGCGCUCAAACACGCGCUUGUGGCAUACGUGCUUGGCAUCACGGGGCCAAAGAGAGAAGAAGACGGAGAAACAUUGUUUCCCGAGGAGCUAAAUGGCGUCCGGGUUCACACUGGGGAAGAUGCUAUUGUAUCUGAUUCGAACUUGACAGCCGCAACCACCCUUCACCGCCGUCUAUCCGUCUACCUCUACACAACCACGUCCUCCAUCUCCAAUCCCCGCAGAUCCCGGGCCUUCCAGUCUGACAUGCGCGAAGCAGCCGAACACUUCUCUCUGACAUUCUUCCCCUGGGCAAACCCGACGUCCAGUGACCAGGAGCGGGAAGACGAUCUUACGCGGAUAAUCUCCGAGGCAUUAGAAGUGCGUAUAUGGUUGUUUGGCCAGCCAUUCUCAUACGAGUUCGAGUGGGAGGGGACGGGUAGAAGGGGUGUUUUGGUGAGUCCUGGGUUGGUCAGACGGACGGAUGGGCGGGGUGAAGAGGAGGGAAUGAUGGUGGUGGAAGGAACUGUUGCUUGA